UGGACCGGAACAGUGUGUGUGUGUGGACACACUAGACGAGCACAUCCUGUGGCUUCUUCUCUUUCUUCAUCACAUGCAGGUGCAACUGUGGCAUUUCAUAAUAAAGGAUACCUUGUGUGCAGUGAAGUCUGGCUCAUCACGUCAUCACCAAAUUGAUUCGAUGAGUGACAGACUAAGGAAUUUGCAACCACUCGAUUUUUGCUGAACACUUUGAUAGUUGAAUAGGAAAAAAACAAAAAAAGGAAGUGAGAAAAAAGAUGUCGAGUCCAGGAUGUUGAUGAACAACCGCCCGUCGUCGGUAGUACCCGGACCGUCGUCAUCCGCCAGCGGAAACCUUUCCCAGCCACAACAACAACAACAGCAUUGGAGUUGCGACUAUAGAAGCCACACCUUAACACACCUCGCCCGACUGCUUCCGGAUGAGACGGCGCUGGAGAAUGUGUUGAGUGAAGCCAUUAGUGGCGGAUCGGAAUAUGGUCAACUCAUCGUCAUCUCGGUCGACCUCUUUCGCACCCAUUGGCUGCACAUUGAAGACGGCGUCACGACCGCCGAUCCGGCGGCUGCCUGCCACCAGAACAACCACAAGUUUUUAGCCAUCUUGGAUGUCGAUGGCCGGCCCGUCUCGGGUUUCACUCGGCGUGACUUUCUGGCCUGGCUCAUUCAUCGGCUCGUCCACCACAACAACAACCACCAACAGACGGACGCCAGCGGCGGCGUUCAACUCACCACCGCCCCUUUAACAGGUGGCUUGACGAAGGAUUUACGCGAGUACCUGACGACUCGCUUCGCUAAAGGCUCAGUGGACCAUGAAUUGCAGACGACCAUCCGCGACAAUUUGUACCUGCGGACGGUGCCCGUGACGACGAGGCCGAGGCGGCCCGGAGAGACGGACGGUCUCGAUUACACGUUUCUCAGUCUCGAUCAGUUUCGACUGCUGGAGAAGAACGGUUCCUUACUCGAAAGAGGCAUCUACGACGGCAAUUAUUACGGGACUCCUAAACCGGCGCUGGACUCGCCGCUGGUCUUACCGUCCACCCCAUUAGCACAGUCUUCAACAUCGGCGUUGGUCCAACAACAGCACAACAACAACAACGUUGGUGGUGGUGGAUCGUUGCUCUUGCUGGCCGGAGCACAUCCCAGCUCGGAGGGUAAACGCCGGCGAAACCGGUCGAAUGUUGAAGCGAUGGCCGCCGCACAGAACGACGGCGAUGCCGACCCAAACAGUGGCAUGGACCACUCUUCCAUGCAACAGCAACAUCUGAAUGCAUCGCAGAGGAUGGCCGCUCCCAUUUGCAAUAAUAGUAUAGGCGGUAGCAAUAAUAACAUGUCGAUUCCGAGUUAUCGCGAAGACGGAGGUGGCGCCAUGGGCGGAUUAUCCGAAGCCGAAUUGGGUCCGUUGCCUCAGAAUUGGGAAAAGGCGUACACGGAACGAGGCGAAGUUUAUUUCAUCGACCACAAUACUGGAACGUCUCAGUGGCUGGACCCGAGACUGUCCAAGAUUCAGAAGAAAUCGCUGGAGGAAUGCGCCGAAGACGAACUGCCCUACGGAUGGGAGAAGAUUGACGACCCGACGUACGGAACGUACUACAUCGACCACGUGAAUCGCAAGACGCAGUACGAGAAUCCCGUGACUCAGGCCAAGAAAGGCGGAAGCGGUGGCGCAGCCAACGAGACCAGCAGUCCGCCAGCUCCGCCCGGAACGAGCGGCUUACCUACUGGCAACGCCAGCAGCACAGACUCGGGCAACAGCACCUACCCUCGUUUGAAGAAGCAACAACAACAACAGCAACAAUCGAACGAGAGCGCAGGAGGUGGAGGAGGACAUAAUGGCAACAACCAACCGCCGGCUCCAUUGCCCAAACGCUCCAAUAGUUACAACCGGCCGUUCUUUACGAGAAAUCCGUCCGAGUUGCAGGGAGAACGGAUCUGUACGACGCUGCUCAAAUCGAACCGCGGACUGGGUUUCACAAUCGUUGGCGGUGACGACAGCGAAGAGGAAUUCCUCCAGAUCAAAUCGGUUGUUCCGCACGGACCCGCCUGGGUGGAUGGACGCCUACAGACCGGCGAUGUUCUAGUGUACGUGAUGGAUCAGUGCGUACUGGGCUACACCCACCACGACAUGGUGAACAUGUUCCAGUCGAUAGCACCGGGACAGGCCGUAGCUUUAGAGGUCUGCCGAGGAUAUCCUCUGCCCUUCGACCCUAACGAUCCCAACACGGAGAUCGUCACCACCGUGGCCGUCGCCCAGCAGGACGGUGGUAACAAGCCGUCGCGUCCCGGAAGUGCCGACCUGCUCAUGCAGGGCUCUGAGCAUCAUCAGGAUAAUAACGACAUGGCUCACCGAUUCGACGGUGAUGAAUACGGCGAUGGAGGAGUCAACGGCAAUCCGUCCUCAGCCUCCAACAAGGUGGAAUUCCUCACGGUGCAAAUUACCAAAGGUGCUAUGGGUUUCGGGUUCACGAUCGCCGACAGCGCCUACGGCCAAAAGGUGAAGACCAUCCUGGACCGGCCGCGCUGCAAGAACCUCCAGGAAGGAGACAUCCUGGUAGACAUUAACGGCAUCAAUAUGCGACACAUGAGUCAUGGUGAAGUUGUCCAGGUGCUGAAGGACUGCGCUUGGGGUCGCGAAGCGUCCAUUACAGUCCAGCGUGGCGGUGCGGCAACGCCCACUAAAAACAAAUGGAAGAAAGGGGGAGUUAAAGACCAGGACCAGCAACAACCGCCCGUCAGUCCGCGUAAACCUCCAGUCGGUGCUGGACUGUUUCGCAGUAAAACGCCCACCGCAGACCUCUACAGCGCCCAGACGAAGGAAGUUGUGCCCAUCAGGCCGAAAACGCCGCUGGUGGACACGCGCAACCGGCCCAAAACGCCCUCUAUGGGUGUGGCGAUGAGUAGCGGUGGCGCGGCUCAGCAAUCGGAUCAUCUGGAACAGCACCGCGAGAUCAAUCGAACGCCAGUCAACGCUCUGGCGGACCAGUUCCAGAACGGCAUGAACUUCCAGGAGAAUAACGGCUACAACAAUCAGCAGCAGCAGCAGCAACGGAACGUGAUGAAUCGAAGCCGAAGUCCGGGUAGAGAACUCGAUACGCAUCCGACGUCGAUGCAGAUGCACUACGAGAACGGCCUGCCACCAGACGCUGGUUACAUGCCCAACGGCUAUCCACCUGCCUACGAGUCGGAUUACGGCAGCCGCAUGGGUCAACCGCCUCGCAAUCCGCGAGCCGAUCCCUACGCCCCCAAUCCCUACACCGGUGGAUCGUAUUCCAUGGACGCAUCCCGCCCAAUGGAUUACGGUUACGGAUAUUCGGGAAUGAAUGGACCAAAUGUUCCAGACUAUCCGGAAGAGAAUCUUGGCCAGUUUCAUCGUCAAGAUUCGGGUUACGGUACGCAACCGCAGUCGGUGGUUGUCGGUUACAGCAACAAUAGCGGCAACAGUGGCAAUAACCUCCUCCGUCAGAAUGCUGGGCCGGGCUCUUACGCCCCGCUCAAAGAAGGCACCAGCUUCGAUCACGAUUUGUCGUCCUAUCCGCCGAGCAUGUCGACGGGUCGGCCGGACAUGCGGAGGCCGUCCAAUAACAGCGGCAAUGGCAACAACGCCAAUCCACCAGUCAAUUCAUCCGGCCAGCAAUCGCUGCCGCCGCCCGGCGAGUGGAUGGAGAUGAACGUGACUCUGCUGAGGCACGAAACGGGUUUCGGCUUCCGCAUUGUCGGCGGCACGGAAGAAGGGUCGCAGGUCUCGAUCGGCCACAUCGUUCCAGGCGGAGCGGCCGAUUUGGACGGGCGACUCAGAACCGGUGACGAAAUUCUGGCCGUCGACAUGAUGUCGGUUGUCCACACGUCGCAUCACCACGUCGUCCAGCUCAUGGGUGCUGCCGCUCUCAAUGGCCGCGUUUCCAUCUCGGUCCGGCGUUGGAUACCCCUGCAUUCAUCGUCCAUGUCCCCUCAAGAUGCUGGAUAUCCAAGCGGGGUGGGUGAUGGCGGCGGCAUGAUUUACCCUUACGACGUGACGGUCGUCCGUCGCGAAGACGAAGGAUUCGGCUUCGUUAUCAUCUCCUCGGUGACUAAAGGUGUCUCUUUCAUCGGCCAAAUCAUACCGGACAGCCCGGCGAAGCGUUGCUCGCAACUGCACGUCGGCGACCGCAUUUUGGCCGUCAAUCACCACGACAUUUCUCGAUUGCACCACGGCGACAUUGUCAAUCUUAUCAAGGAUUCCGGCUACACUGUCACGCUCACCGUUGGUCCUCCCCUAGACGACACGGCCUCCAGCAACGCCUCCAACUCUCACCGAUCCUCCGAUGCCAUGGUAACAGCCCAAGCCUUACCCGCUCCUCCUGCUAGUGACGGUGGUACUAGGAGCCCCAGCAGAGACGCUUAUCACCAACAGUAUGUCUACAGCCAGGAAGAUCAGAUCGAUGGGCCGAUGAUUGACGGAUCUGAGGCCUACCCGCCGAUCGAAGAGGAUCAACUUUAUGCUGUGGAACUGAGCCGCGGUACGCGCGGCUUCGGUUUCAGCAUCCGAGGAGGCCGCGAGUUCCACAACAUGCCACUCUUCGUUCUGCGUAUCGCCGACAACGGAGCCGCCGCACAAGACGGCCGUCUAAGAGUGGGCGAUCAGCUGAUUGAGAUCAACGGCAUCAACACUAAGAACAUGACGCACGCAGACGCCAUCGAGUUGAUUAAAAAUGGCGGUAUGGUAGUCCGUCUUCUACUCCGGCGGGGCAACGCUGCACCUCCCAUGGGUGAGAACGGGCAAAUGCUAUCUCCGUCAUCGACCGGUUCACCGACGACGCCCUCUGGCAUGAUGGAGAUGAUGAGACCCAACAGCUCGAUGGCGCAGCCUCAUCACGGCUCGUACGGAAGCAACGGACCUCUAUCUCAACUUCAUCAAACGGACAGCCGGAUGCCCAACGGCAUCCCUGUUGGCCACCAACAGCAACCUCCGCCACAGCAACAGCAACAACAGUACACGGGGCCCCCGCCUUACAUGAUGGGUCCUCGCGGGAUGCCUAACGGUGGGAUGCGCGGGCACGUGCCGGCUCCUUUGAACGUCCCGCCCAUUCAGCGGAAUUUGAACGGGCCUUUGAGCCAUAGCUCGCCACGGGUCAUUGGCGCGGCCGGCAACGUCGGUGGAGAUUACUACUGGGGUUCUUGAGAAGACAUCCCUAUUUUUUUUUUUCUAUUGAUUUAUGAAAUGACAAUCGAUUCGAACAACAACAAAAAUCGCGCUCUUUUUUUUUUGUGGCUACAUCGUUUUCCCAUCCCAAAAAUGUUGCGUGAGUCCCCACCCCUGUAAAUCAGGGCUAAAUAGAAAAAAACAUCGACCUUUUGUCCAAGUGCCUCCUUUCAUUUCGACUCCUUGCCUCUCACUUGGAAUGAUUGACUCGACAAUCUUUUCAUUGUAUGUAAAUAAAAUUUAAAAAAAAAAUGUUCCGAGUAAAUUUUCCCCCAUCAUCAUGGCCAACCAAAGAAUGAUUGUAAAACCAUCGCUCUAGAUCCUCUGCCUUAUGCGUGAAAAAAAAAAAAACUCCCCCCUCCCUCCCAUUUGUAACGAUUUUCUUCCCUUCCUGGUACUGAAAAUGGUCGGUGUUGACACGGGCGAACGCAGUUAUCACGAUCUCAAGUCACCCGAAACAACAUUAAAAAAAAAAAAAAAAAAAAAAAGGACAUUUCUUCUUGCAGACGACACACACAGAGCUACUUAAAAUUAAUUUAACAUUCACCUUGAGACGGCGAGUGGCCUUGAGAGCAAAGACAAGUUGACGAAACAAUCCCGACGCAAUCGCCAUGUGUGUACGUGUGGGGUAUAUAUAUAUAUAUAUUUAUAUAUGUAUACUAUUUGUGUGUGUGUGUGUAUUCAUUUUGUCGGUUGUUUUUUUGUUUUUUUUUUAAUUCCGAAGUCUUUCGUCCGUUUAUGCCCGCUGUUGACAAUAGUAUUACGUAACUGACACCUGCUUUGUUUUUUUUUUGUGACCGAUUUGUUUUCCAGUUAACGGGAAACACGACAGAAAAAAAAAGAAACAUGUACUUCUUUUUUUUUUUUUUUUUUUUUUUUUUUUGCUAAUUUGUUUGAUUUUUCAUGCUCACCUUGUUAAUGAAGAGACGUGUCUACAUUGUGCCUCUUUGCGGUGACUGUUAGUUUUCGAGUUAUUGGUUUUCUUAAAUCGCGCUGUGCUCACUAUAUACUUGUACACCUUUGGCCUUAUUAUUAUCAAUUAUUAUGACAUAAACAAUUUUCUUUUUUGUUGA